AUGGGCCCCGCCCCCGCACUUGAUAUCUCGCGAGACUUCACCGAACACCGGUCUCUUUUUCGUGUAAGCGAACGAAAUGGACGUGGGUGGUCGGUCUGGAUCCCGCGUGGGAAUCCUGCAGCCAUGUUCGAUCUGGGAUUCAGUCUCCCGGCCAUGCGGCUCCGAGCGCCGGGGCGCUGCCCGGAUAAGACUGCUCGGCCCUCUGGCCUUUCCCCGUCAAGACUGAGGAAGACCCGCAAACUUCGGGGCCACGUGAGCCACGGCCACGGCCGCAUCGGGAAGCACCGGAAGCACCCUGGAGGCCGAGGUAAUGCUGGUGGUUUGCAUCACCACAGGAUCAACUUUGACAAAUACCAUCCAGGUUAUUUUGGGAAGGUUGGUAUGAGACAUUACCACCUGAAGCGGAAUCAGAGCUUCUGCCCAACUGUUAACCUUGACAAAUUAUGGACUUUGGUCAGUGAGCAGACAAGGAUAAAUGCUGCAAAAAACAAGACUGGAGCUGCUCCGAUCAUUGAUGUGGUUAGAUCGGGUUACUACAAAGUCUUGGGGAAGGGAAAGCUCCCGAAGCAACCAGUCAUUGUAAAGGCCAAAUUCUUCAGCAGAAGAGCUGAGGAGAAGAUUAAGGGGGUUGGGGGGGCCUGUGUCCUGGUGGCUUGA